AUGUCAGCCCGUCCGAUGCUCCGCUCCCCGGUCCUGCGCUUCGCCGCCCGCCGCUACCAGAGCACCUCAACCCAGGACAUCGCCGCCAAGGCAUCGCAGGGUCUAUCGCGCGUCAGCAGCGCCGCCGGUCCUGCCAUUGCCGGUGCGGCCAAGGGUGUCGCUGGUGCUCUGGGAAAGGUCGGUGGAAGGACCGGAAAGGUUGUCAACUUUAUCGAGCGCCAGAUCCCCUUUGUCGUCUACUACUCUAAGGUCGGUCUCGAGGUCGGCAAGUACAUUGCCCAUGGACAAAAGAUGAGCCUUCCCUCUGUGGCCACCUUCCAGACCUAUUACCGCACCUUCUUCGAGUCCGUCAAGUCCGGCAGAUUCUUCAAGUCCCCCCAGGCUAUCCUCCAGUCCAUCCGCUCCGUAAGCCCCCUCCAGCUCGCCUCCGGUGGUGUCGUCCUGGCGGAGCUCCUCGGCUUCUUCACCGUCGGCGAGAUGAUUGGUCGCUUUAAGCUCGUCGGAUACCACGGCGAGGCUUCUUCGCACCACUAA